GGCGGCCCCCAGUUGAGGGGCGCCGGGCACGCGGGCUGGACCCACGGGGACGCGCGGGGUGGCCAGGCGCGGCCCGAUCCCCGAAACGCUGUCUGGGUCCCUGGGGGCGUGAUAGAUAAUGAGCUUCCUGUCCCUGGAGGUGUGCAAGUGGAGCCUGCGCCGGGAUCCCUCAGGCCGGUGAGGCGGGACUCCGCGCUAGACGCACGCCCCCUCCCAGCCCCGGGACCUGCUCCUUGAUGUCCGGCCGCGAUACUGGGGUGUGUGUUGGGGUAGGUAUAGAGGGAGUGGCUACAGGGCCACCUAUUCAUUGCAGGGACAAAGCCAGCAGGACUCGGGCUGGUGUCAGCCUGCGGGUGUGUGGCCUCAGUGAGCAUACCUCCUGGCUGGGAGGGUUAAGGAAGCCCUGGGGAGGGACAGCGGGCACCGGAAAAUAGGGUCUGAGCCUGGAGGAGGAGCCACCCCCAGGGAAACCUGUCCGUGGUGAGAUUCGAAGGCCAUGAGCCUGGAGGCAGUGUGGGAAGAAAACUAGUGUGUGUGACUGUGAGGUGGAGGUGAGAAAGAAGGGAUCAAGAGCAGGUAGAGACCCUGUGAGAGCAAGGGUGAGGUGAGUCUGGGAAGGGAGUUGAAGGUGUGAUGAGGACAGGAGGGGAGGAGGGACAAACUGAACCGGGCGUGGGUUUGUGUGUAUAACCGGGCAUGCGUGUGUGUGUGUGUGUGUGUGUGUGUGUGUGUGUAAUAGCCUAUGUGUGCCCCAGAGGCUGCAUACUCCCCUCCACCUGGGGCUUUUGGGGCACCAGUCCCAGGAGUGGCCAGGUGGGCUUGGGGACACAGCCUGAGCAACUGCAAGUCCACUCAGACCCCAACCUCCAGCCAGCUCAGGCAGAGAUGGGAGCCUAGAGGGGUGCUGGCAGUCUCAGGACAGGUCUGGUGAGGUGGGGAGUCUGACCAGGCUGAGCCUCAGUGUCCAGCGUCGGACUUGGGCAGCCAGUUCUGCCCUGGCUAUGGGAGGAGGAAGGAAUAGAAGGAGUGGGGGGCAUCUCAGUCCAGGGCCCUCAUCCCCAGCCCUUCCCAGGCCCCUGGACCUUGGGGCAGAGUCAGGGAUCACCCUGGGUAGCUGUUGAGCCCCCAGAUUGGGGAAUUGGAGAGACCGGGGUUUGAAUCAUGUGACCCUCGUUGAGCCUUCUGCCACCUCAGAACCUCAUCCUCCCAUUCCUCUCCAGGUGGGUGGGAGGUGACAGUGCCCACCGCUGGGCAGAGAAGUAAGUGAGGUGAAGCUGGGAGAGGACUCAGCCAAGCACGCUGGAGACAUUCUGUCACCUGUAGCUGCCACUUUGCCGCAUGUGUGGGGUCAGUUGGGGCCGGGUCUGAGCUGGGCUGUUGUCUGUCACGCUGCAGAUAUGCAGGGAGCAUUUGGGGUCACCUCCGAUGUGUUUAUCCCCAGGCUGCUGUCGGCAGGCCCAGAAAAGCUCUGUAAAUAUUUAUCCAUCCCAGUUCACAGCCUUUAGGCUUGAUGAAAGCUCCGCAGCCCAGUGGGUCGGAUGCUGCCUUCCCUUGUGGAGCCAGCAGGGGCAGGGGCAGGGUGGGGGAGCUGGACCUGCCUGCCUACUAGCUGUCGGACUUGGGCAGGUUGCUUAAUGUCUCUGAGCCUCAGAGGGACAUAGAAUGGCAUGGGCAUGCUCUCCUGCCUUCCUUACAGCCCAGGUGUCCUUCCCUCAGGGUCACUUGCCCACAGUGAAGGGAGUAGCUGUAAUUAUCCCACUGGACCAACAGCAGACAGGUCCAGAGAGGGGCAUGGCCAGCCUGGCCUUCCUGGCAGUUUCCAGUCAGGUUCUUCCCGCCCCUGCCCUCUGCACGCCUCCCAUUUUCCUGAUGGGAAGUUGACCCAGCGGCUCACUCCGAGUCUCUAGCUCAGCCAAGAGAUGGAGUUCCCCGAAAAAUUCCUCGAGUAUGUUUGAGGGCUGUGGUUUGGUGCCUGCCAGGCAAGGGCAGGGUGAGCGAGCUGGGCACCCACCCCAGGGCAGGCCAGGGGAGGCCACCAGCUGAGGAGGAGGUGGGGAUGCACAGAGGAGGAGCACUGCCCAGGAAUGUCGGUUUUGGAGACAGGCCAGAGAGCUGGGCGGGGGGCUGUGAGGGGCUGUGGGUAGAGAGGCUUGAGCCCCAGCUCUAGACCCAGCUCUUGCCUGACUUGCUGUGUGACCCUGGGCCAAGACCUUGACCUCUCUGUGUCUGUUUCUUCCCCUGGGAAGUGGGGUGAUGUCUGCUCCCCAAUCCCUCAGGGCUGUAGAGAGGCAAGGUGUGGUUUCUGCCCACCACCCACCUCACUGCCUCCCAACAGCCCUCGGGGGACUGGCGCACCCAUCUGUGGAAUCAGGUUGCUGCGUGCCGGGCCUUGCCGCUAGGGCUCCUGGCCCCAGCUCAGAAAGGACUCGGGAAGAGAGAGGGCGGGAGGUCAGCAUGGCAGGGAGGGUGUGUCCCAGCCCAGCAAUGGGGAAACUGAGGCCAAGAGCCCUUAAAUGAUGGGCUCCACUGGCAGAGGCUUGAUCCUAGUGCCUCCUGCUGAUUCAUGCCUCAAGACCAAUGACUGUGACAUGGUCAGGGAGCAAGAGGCCCCUGGCUUGCGAGUGGACAUAGCCGGAGAGCUCCCUUCUAGCUGAGACUCCUUUUUAAGAUUUCAAGUCUGGGAGUUCCCAUGGUGUCUCAGCGGUAACAAACCUGACUAGUAUCUGUGAGGAUGCUGGCUCCAUCCUUAGCCUUGCUCAGUUGGUUAAAGGAUCCAGUGUUGCCGUGAGCUGUGGUAUAGGUCACAGAUGCGGCUCCAAUCUGUCAUUGCUGUGGCUGUGAUGUAGGCCUACAGCUGCAGCUCCGGUUUGACCCCUAGCCUGGGAACCUCCAUAUGCUGCGGGUACAGCACUGAAAAAAGAAAAAAUCAAGUCUGGAAAUGUUGGGGGACCUGGAGGGUUGUAGGAGCUCAAGGGAAUUUGGUGGAGCUGAUUCCUAGGUGUGGGAGGGGAGGGCCCACGGGGCCGAGAAGCCAGAGCAGAUAAGAGGCUCUUCUCUGCGCCAGAUGCUGCAGGGGCAUUACAGAGGGAGGUCAUGAUGUGACACCGUUCCAUUUGACAGAUAGCAAAGAGGAGACUAAGGACAGUGACUUGCCCAGGGCCACUCCAUCCAGGGUCUCCACAGCAUAGCACUGGGCCUUCUGAAUCUCAAACCAUGGCCCUUUCUGCUGUACUGAGAGUACCAGGGGCCUGGGUAUGGAUUUGGUGCCUCGUGGGAGCAGGAGAAGACGGCACAGUGUGUGCCCGUCAUCCAUGCUCCCUCUGUGACUGGCUGCUCCAGGCCUCUCUGGAGGGCAGAGAAGAGGACAGGUUUCUGCUUAAGAACAGGAACAGAUCUGGCAGGCUGAGCUCCGGGCUGUCUGGGGCUCCCAAGGGAGGAUCCUCGGACCCCUUGCCAGGCUUAGGGGAAGGAAUGUGUUUAUCCUGGAGGUCAGGGGGCAGCGUGGCGAGGGGAAGGGUUGAGCCACAUGGGCCUGGGGUCCACAUCCUCAAUGUGACACCUGGCAGAGUUAUCACCCCCACCUCACACCGGAGGUGGGGGCGGGGGGUUGGUGAACCUCCCUGCAAAGCUCCUGGGAAGCAGCAGGUGCUUUAUAAUUUCCCUUCUUCCUCUUCUGUCACCAAGGUGAGGCCAGCCUGGGUCCCUCCUCCAGGGGCAGGGUGACUCCAGCCUGAAGAACAGUGCAGAGUAGCAGGUAGGGGGUGGGCUGCUCCCCGGCAAGUUGCUUAACUUCUCUGGGUUCUGGGUCCUCAUCUGAGAAGUGGGGAUGCUGAUGGCGGAGAUGGGGUGUGGUCCCACCAGGGGCUAAGAGCGUGUCCGUGGAGCUGUUGGCCGGGUCCUGGCCUACAGACAGGUACAAUAGCAACCAGCACUUCCUAACAGCAUGCCUGGUGUCGGCUGGGUUCUACCACGUGACGAGCCAUUCCUAAACAACUCUGAAAUGGGGGCAGACUGGCCCAGAGCCCCAAACCCCAAGUUACUCCACAGCCCCACAGGGGUUCAGAAGCUCUAGUGUCCAGAAGAUCCCUUUGUCGCAGGGUAUCCUUGGGAUUGAGUGGCCUGGGGGGUUGAGUACUUGGUGACUCUGGAAUCAGCUGCUGGGGGGUUGGGAGACUAAUUGGAGCUCGGGGCGCCUGGGGCCUGGGAGAGCCGCCAGAGGCUGAGGCCGAGGGUGGGGCCUGGGUGGCCCAGCUCCCGCCCCAAAUAUGGCUGUGGGGAGGCCAUGGUGCCCCGACCAGACAGGCCCAGACCAGACAAGCGCUGAGGCUCUCAGCAAACAGCCUGCUCCAUGCCUCUCCCCUAGCUUUACCUUCACCUACGGCCUGGGAUGCCAGAGUCCUCCCCUGGCCCUGCCAUGCCCUUGCUGGGGGACCCCACAGGCCCUCCCAGCCUCUCUGGGCUUCUGCUGAGAACUAUGACCCCACCCCACCCCACCCCACCCCCGCCCUGGGACUCACAGAGGAUGACAGCUCUGGGUUAGAAGCAUUGUUUGUAGUCCAGGGGCUCUGGCCGAUGGGCCUUGGCGUCUGGUAACUGUCCACACCCCAUAUGCGCAUGGAGGGGGAAGCAGAUCCUGUCCAGCCCCACUGUGUGCCCAGCCCUGGAAGGGCGUGAGUGAAACUGACCCCAGACCUCAGCCCUCAGUUCCAGGUGCCCGUAGCUGGUGCCUGGCCCGUGCUGAGGCUUUGCACACAGCGCUUGGCUCACCCUCAGAUCCACACCAGGAAGAAGUAUCACCCCAUCUGUCUGGAUGUUCACCACCGCCACCCAGUGAGGAGGGGGCCGCAGCCCUGGCCUGAAGCUCCUCGCAGCGGACCAGCCCCUGCCCUGGCCUACCAGGAGGCGCCCCGGCCUGGUGGUGGCCCCAGACCUCCCCGCUGUGGCGUGCCUGACCCACCUGGGGGGCCAAGUGCGCGCAACCGCCAAAAGCGGUUCGUGCUGUCUGGUGGGCGCUGGGAGAAGACCGACCUCACUUACAGGUAGGGCCAGUAGCCAGGAGUAGACACAGCCCUGCCUGUCGUGGAGCUAGGUGAUAACCAGGUCUUGGUUCAGAUCUGUCACUGCAACCAGGAAUCCUCGCAGGUAGGGAACAGUGGAGGUAGGACAGGUAAUAAUAGUUCAGGUGACCUGAGCCUCACCCCCUCCCACACCUUACCCCACGCCGCCACCGCCCAGUGUUGCAGAUGCUGAGGCUUACACAUCCUGUAGGGGGCGCCCGACCUGGGAGAGAAAGCCUGAAGACUGGUGUGUCCCACUGCAUUGGCACCUAAACUGCUGGGGCCCCAGAAAGGCCCUGAGAUGGGAGCUGGGAACCAGGAGUGGGGCAGGUCCAGGGGCCACGUUCUCCCCAUGGUGAGCAGUACAGUCAGGUCUAGAAGGUGGGGCUUGGGAGUCCUGGUCCUGUUCUUCAGCCGGAUGAAGACACCUGUGUGCACCUAAGGAUACACCAACCCACACAAAGAUGUGCCCAUGCGGCAGAGGGACCAGUGUGCCUGAGGCCCAGAGCACACCUGGCCUCUGGUCCUGCAUGUGUGCACCCCUACUGAGCAUCCUGGGGCAACUCCUGGCCCAGCGGGCAUCUGGGGCUGACCCUGCCCUGAGCCGGGCCCAGGCCCCACUUCCUCCCCCCAGGAUCCUCCGGUUCCCGUGGCAGCUGGUGCGGGAACAGGUGCGGCAGACGGUGGCAGAGGCCCUACAGGUGUGGAGCGAUGUGACGCCACUCACCUUCACCGAGGUGCACGAGGGCCAUGCCGACAUCAUGAUUGACUUCACCAGGUACUGGCAUGGGGACAACCUGCCCUUUGAUGGACCUGGGGGCAUCCUGGCCCAUGCCUUCUUCCCCAAGACCCACCGAGAAGGGGAUGUCCACUUUGACUAUGAUGAGACCUGGACAGUGGGGGACAACCAGGGCACAGACCUCCUGCAGGUGGCAGCCCACGAAUUUGGCCACGUGCUCGGGCUGCAGCACACAACAGCUGCUAAGGCCCUCAUGUCCCCUUUCUACACCUUCCGCUACCCGCUGAGCCUCAGCCCAGAUGACCGCAGGGGUAUCCAGCACCUCUAUGGGCAGCCUCAGCUAGCCCCCACCUCGGGAUCCCCAGACCUGGGCCACAGGGCUGGGGUGGACACCAAUGAGAUUGCACCACUGGAGCCGGACACCCUACCAGAUGCCUGCCAGGUCUCCUUUGAUGCAGUUGCCACCAUCCGUGGUGAACUCUUCUUCUUCAAGGCAGGCUUUGUAUGGCGGCUGCGCAGGGGCCACCUGCAGCCUGGCUACCCUGCACUGGCCUCUCGCCACUGGCAGGGACUGCCCAGCCCCGUGGAUGCAGCUUUUGAGGAUGCCCAGGGCCACAUCUGGUUCUUCCAAGGAGCUCAGUACUGGGUGUAUGAUGGUGAGAAGCCAGCCCUGGGUCCCGCACCCCUCUCUGAGCUGGGCCUGCCCGGCUCCCCUGUCCACGCCGCCCUGGUCUGGGGCCCUGAGAAGAACAAGGUCUACUUCUUCCGAGGCGGAGACUACUGGCGCUUCCAUCCCAGCACCCACCGUGUGGAUAGCCCCGUGCCUCGCCGGGCCACUGACUGGCGAGGGGUGCCCUCUGAGAUCGACGCUGCCUUCCAGGACGCCGAUGGCUAUGCCUACUUCCUGCGUGGCCGCCUCUACUGGAAGUUUGACCCUGUGAAGGUGAAGGCCCUGGAGGGCUUCCCCCGCCUCGUGGGCCUGGACUUCUUUGGCUGUUCCGAGCCUGCCAACACUUUCCGCUAGCCACGGCUUGGAUGUCCUCAGGGCUCCUGACCCUUGUCUGGCCAGCUGGAGACCGCGGUCAUCUUUGUUGCUGUGGGCACCAGGCUUGGCACAGAGCCCUGGGGGGUGGGGAGGAGGGCUGCUGCCACCAAGACUGCAGGGGGGCCAUGCAGGUCAUGGCCAGCUGCCAUCAACCGUCUCAGACUUGGACCAGGAGGCUUUAGUGUUAAGAGUGAGGGUGGCUGAGGGUGCCCAUGGCUCCACCAUUCCCGUGCAGGUCACGGUAAAACCCAGCUGCCCUUGGUCUCCACCCUCAUCUCUCAGGUAGGACCUUGGCUGGGCGGGGGAGCUGGAGUCCUCACCAUCCCUGCUGCGGGGGUUCCACAGGGUGCUGGUGGUCUCGGGGCCCUGUGCCUUCUGCCCUUUCCCGAGAAGUCAGCUCUGGGUGGGUGCUUGCAGCUGGCCGUCUUCCAGCUGGUAAUUCUGGAGACCUGUUCCCAAGAUCCAGGCCAAAACGUCCAGUCAGCUGGUGAGGGGGGUGCUUUCUGCUCAAGACCCCGGGCCCUGGAGGCCCCAACAUACCUCAGUCGUGUCACGGGUCAGAUCCUCUUCAGCCCUCCCCAACCCCAGGUCCUCCAAAGCCAUGUAAAUGUGUACAGUGUGUAUAAAGCCUUUCUUUCUUUCUUUCCUUUUUUUUUUUUUUUUAACUGAGGACUGUCAUUAAACAUGGUCAUUUUCUACCUGCC